UGUAUAAUGACCGAUUAUAAACAAUCUGUGUUGCUCUUCUGACAACAGUGAUGAUCAUUUAAUACAUUCCUAUCAGAUCUGUAUUGUUUCAUAAACUGGUUUAAUACUCUUGCAGUUCCAACCGAUACCAAAGAUCUCGAGGCUGUAAAUAGUGGAAUACUUGCUGGAACUGCGAUAGGAACCCUUCUCCUUACUUUACUCAUCGAAGGAAUUGUUCUAAUGCUGCUAUACAGAAAAGGAUUCCGAAUUGGAAACAGUCAGAGAGAAACUGCUUCGCGAGAAAGCAGCAGAAGUCAUGAGAUCGCAGAAAUGGACAACAUUGGGUAUUCUUCCUUAGAUCACAUCAAUGGACCACAACAAGAUUCAAGCUUGAAGAAGAAGGAGUCAGACAAAUCCCAUUACUCACAGCUAAAGAUAUAUGAAAAUACAAACGCUGGUGACGAAGGAGAAACAAGUACGUACGAAGGCAUGACUGAGACGCCCCCGGUGACCUACGAGGCCAUCAGAGCGUCGCCCUACCAGAACAGUAGCGCUCAAUGAGAUCAUCGAGGUGAAAGUUGACUUGCCUUUGCAUGUUUUUGUGACGGGUGCCAACGAUGGGGCAGGAUAUGCUCACCUUUUCGCAAACACCUGGUAUCAUCACUUUUUGAUAGUGAUUCAUAAACACUUGGUCAUGACGUGGUCGGAAUUAUACACUCGACUCUGCUUUGUUAAGAGAUUUUUUUUGGAUAUGGAAAAGGGCUUCGUCGCUUUAUUUACAAUCGAUAUCGGAGAAAUCUCCAUACUUUUUGACCAGCCUAUGGCCUACGCCUCCCUUACACAGAUAACGUCUUUCUCGUUUCAGCGUUGAAUAUCAUAAUAUGAAACAUUUCACGUUUUGUAAUGAACUCGUUUCUAAUGAAAUAAGUUAUAGAACGAUGACUCAUUUAGUAAUAUAUAUUUCUCAUCAUAACGAAAAAAAUAUGAAAAUGCAAAGUGUCUACCCCAGGAGUCGGAGAGUUUGUUCUGUUUUGUCAGUAAAUUAUACCUAUGUAAAAUCACAAUCUGAGGUUUGGUACAGUUAAAUAAAUGGAAAUAAUGUUAAUCAUAAAAGAGAAUCAUUGAUUUGGCAACCUACUCAAAACAAAAAACUACAUAUUACAUAUUCAUAUCUGCUUACACCAUUCCUUCGCCUGCACAAAAUUGAAAACUUUGAUUUAGCAAAUAUACAAGUUCGUCUUUUUAGUUCCUGACUGUGAGCACUUUGUAUGCAUAUACGUAUGUAUCCUGAUAAACUGUUUAAAUUGUUUACUUGUCUCAAUGGCUUCCAUCAUUCACUCAUUCUAUAACGCGUGUAUUGUUCUCUUUCCAAACAACUUGCAUGGACAGGAAACUACUCUCUACAUACACCUACUUGAGGACAAUGUGUAUGUGGACAGUAUGUGCAUUGCAUCUAGUUUUCCUCAUUGAACUACAAUAUUUUUUGAAUACAGUUUCCUCAGCACUUUAAACACAUACACACAAUAGAGGACAAUGUACAUGUUGACAGUCGUUGAACUACAAUAUGAUAAAAUCAAGUUUAAAAUCAGCACUUAUCCUGUCGUUCAUGUUCACAGUGAUAACUUCGAGUUUACAUUCCAUGCUGGUGUGUACACCAUAUGUAAUACUUCUAAUCUAAUACUUAAACAGCUGCAGUUAACGACAUAUGAACAAUCUCAGGUGUCUUAUCUUGCAAUAAAAAACCCUCUCUGAUUGGUUACUGGUAUGUGCGUGUACUGAUAAGGUAUUUGUUUCGUAUACCCCGCUGUGAAAUGCCGAACUUCUUACCAAGGCGAAUACAAUGAUAUGUUUAUAUUCACUCGAAAUCGAACACCGUCAUAUGCAAGUGUAAUGGCAAGAUCUGGGUGUCAUCUGCCUGCUGUCAAGAUGUCAGUGAAACGGUUCAACAGCUAAGCUGAUUAAGACGUUUUAGAUGAAUUGACGAACACUUAUUGUAUAAUAAUUGACCAAAUUGUUUAACCCAUAUCUUGAUGUUUAUUUUAUGAUGUACACCCGGUCAACAAAUAAUACUGUACCUCUGCCAUACACGUGAAUAAAUUACAUUACUGAA